AUGUCGACGCAAGAGACACCCGCGUCGUCUACUGGCAUCCCCGCCACCGGUGAGACAGUCCAGAGUAGAGAUAUCAAGGGCAAAGCGAAGGAACACCUCGACGUGGCGACCUCGAAGAUCUCGGAGGCGGCGUCACAUCCGCACGUUGUGAAGGCUAAGGUCGAGGCCCAGCACGGGCUCAAGCACGUUCAAGUCGCAGUGACUAGCCUGGCAUGGCUUUGGCCGAUACGAGGAAUAAUCUUCGUCGUGCAACACCCUCAAUUAAUCAAGGAGAUCAAACCAGCACUAGCGAAAUCCCUCCUGGCAUCUGUAGUCGCGUUCGGCGUAUUGAUGUUCUUCACUUACUUGCCGCAAGCCGCCAUACUCUCCAUCUUCACUGGCCCGCUGGGUCCGAUCCUGGCCUUCCCAAUCGUCGCUGCUGAAUCCGUUAUACUGCUCUACUUGCUGGCUCGACCGUUAUUCCUAGCACCCGCAUUGACUGAGUUAUUCGACGCUACGCUUCGCAUCAAAGGUCAAACCACACUGGUAUCACAGGGAACAAGUCGCAUCCUCGCCUCGGAACGCAAGAAGGGCAUCGAAUCUGCGCUCGUGAAGCCAUUUGCACGCUUCACUCCCGAAGGCAUCUUCAGAUAUGUGGUUUCGCUACCUUUCAAUUUUAUCCCUGUCGUCGGAACCGUCUUCUUCCUCUUCUUCAACGGCGCCAAACAAGGGCCCGGCUGGCAUCAACGCUACUUCCAGCUCAAAGGGUUCACGAAGGAACAACAGGCCAGCUUUGUCAAGGAGCGCAAGGCCGAGUACACUGCAUUCGGCACGGCGACCCUGCUGUUCAACUUCGUUCCAUUCAUCGGGCUACUGUUCGCGUUUACGAAUACGGCGGGCGCAGCCCUGUGGGCAGCGGAGAUUGAAGCGCGUGCUAAUAUACUCGAAGGGGAAACCGCAAAAUCGAAGUAACAGAUUGGUUCGUGUGCAGAUUGCCGCCUAGGACCAUGCAAAUACCAUACACGAAGUACCGCGAACUAGGUUUUUGAUACUGUUCAAAUGCAACAUCAUGUACCGUAUGCUGCUAGCUGUAAUCGUCUGAUUAUCAC